AUGGAGCAACAAAAUCGUAAAGUGAAGAUUACUUGCACUCAUCGUUUACGAUACCAGGUAUUGAGCUGGGCCAAAUCUUCAGAGAAAUAUGAGUACCGUGAACGAGCGGUUAAGUGCGGUGGAUGCGAUUCAUCAGAGUAUUGGGGCUAUUACUGUUCAAUCUGCGAGUUUGGGGUGCAUGAGGAAUGCAUCGACUAUCCAGACAUCGUCAACCACCGGUGUCACACCAGACAUCCACUCAAGAAAGUCUCAACCAAGACAGUUGGCUAUACAGAUGGUACAUGCCACUUUUGUAUGGGAGAUCUUGGUGAUGAGAUGUAUCAUUGUGCUUUAUGUAAUUUCAGCAUAGAUUUGCGCUGUUGGGUAGAUGGGCCACAAGUUACAAUUUACCAACCAAAGAGCCACAACCAUACAUUCACCAUCAUGCCUAUAAAGGUCUCUUUCACUUGCACUGCUUGUGGGAUGGGUGGUGACCGAAAUCCUUACGUUUGUCUUGAAUGUGGUUUCAUGCUUCAUGAAGAUUGUAUCGGUUUACCUAGAGUAAUAAACAUCAAUCGUCAUGACCACCGCAUUUCUCGCACUUAUCAUCUUGGUCACGGCGAUUGGGAAUGUGGAGUUUGUCGGGAGAAGAUGGAUUGGAGUUUUGGAGGGUUUUCUUGCAAGCGUUGUCCUAGUUACGCUGUUCAUUCAAAGUGUGCAACAAGAAGAGAUGUGUGGGAUGGAAAAGAACUUGAAGAUGUACCUGAAGAAGAGGAGGAAGAAGAUCCAUACAAGGUAAUAGAUGAGAAUGAAAUCAUUCAUAUGAGUCAUGAACAUAAUCUAAGGCUUCUAAGGCUUGGUGAUGACAAUGACACCAUUUUUGAAAAGAUGUUGUGUGAUGCUUGCAUCCUUCCCGUUAGCUCUGAUGCAUUCUUCAAAUGUGUGCAAUGCGAAUUCUUCCUUCAUAAAGAAUGUGCUAGUCUUCCUAGGAAGAAACGGAAUAUUAUGCAUGAGCACAAGCUUACUUUGAAGGUUGAUUGUAUUGAAGGCAAACAUUUCAAGUGUACAUAUUGCCUUGAAUUCUUCGAUGGGUUUAGGUACGAGUGUGAUUAUUCACACUUCGAAUGGAAAUAUAUUUUAUGUGUGCGGUGUGCUUCUAUUUAUGAGCCUUUUCACCAUGAACUACAUCCACAUCCUUUGUACCGUAUCUCGACUAAGAAAAAGGCUUGUGGAGCAUGUGGGCAAGAUUCAAGGUAUGUCUUAAGCUGUACUGUUUGUGAGUUCGCUCUGGGGAUGGAGUGUGCCAAUUUACCAAGAAAAUGGAAACACAGAUGCGACGAUCAUGUUUUGUCGUUGCAUCAUGGAGCUGGAAGCUCCAUUGGUCUAUUGUGGUGUGAUAUUUGUGAGGCAAAGACGGAUCCGACCGUAUGGUUUUAUGGCUGUGAUGAUUGUGGGGUUACUCUCCAUACAAAGUGUGUUCUUGGAGAAAUAUUUCACUUGAAGCCAGUGAAGAGAUACAUUGGAGGUGAAAUAGUUUCCAACGUUAGUAUGAGUAGACCACCUUGCGUUGUUUGUGAAAAGCGUUGCAUGUUCCCUUCCUUUCUUCGGGGUCUUUAUUGGUACACAAAACCAAACAAUGAAGUCUGUUCAGUUGAUGUACACGCAUGUUCAGUCAAGUGUACGAAAGGAUGCUACCUAUGGGGGGACUGGGAGUGGCGUGGCGACCAAGUAUAA